AUGUCUCCUCCCAAGCAACCGAACCAGCCGAUCGAGGACACAAUUCCAGAACAAUUUGGUCCUCACCCGCCGUCUAUGAUCAAGGAGGAUGACCUUAUAGGUGUCCGCUUCCUUUGCGGCCUCCCCGAUACAUCAAAGAUACUGGCCCCGACCAGCGAGCAGUCACCGGAGGACCCUCCGGAAGGGUACUGCUCUAACUUGGAGCGAGGCUCCUUAUCCCGUACCUUCGCUGACUACUUCAUAAACUUCUGCGGUGGUCAGACUGCUUGGGAUUCCUUCCCCUCCCACCAAGUUUGGGAGUCCGGAGCUCGAGAAACGACCUCCGAGCCCCCUACUCCUGCGAGCUCCCAGGUGGGAAAAGAUGCGAGCGAGAUUCCCAAGAAAAGGAAGGCCCCGGACUCCACUCCGAUAUCUCGGGAGACUUCUCGCCUUCGCACGGGUGAUUCGGCGAAGCGACCUGAAGCCAGCUCGCUGAGGAAACGAGCUGAGGUUAGUCCGAAAGGGGCUAACCCCUAUCCUCCCCCCACUGGGCAGAAAGGCGAACCCCAUCAUGAACUACCAGCUCCCCCGAAGUCGCUUGCGGACAUGAUGCGCAGUUUCAGCCGGCCAGGAGCUCGGACCCUUAUCGAGUUCAAUAGUGCGGUCGCAAGCUACGAGCACCAACUGCUCUCCAACCCUGACGCCAAUGUCGUCAAGGAACUUCCGAACCAUCUUGAGGUGGAGAAGGCCAAGAAGUUCGGCUCCCGUCUUAAGUCAUUGGAGUCGGAUCUGAAGAUCGCGGAGGCCUCUCUCGAGGACGCUCAAGAUAAGCAGAAAAAGGCCGUUGAUCUGUACCUCGAGGCCGUCGAGGUGGAGAAGUCUGCAAGAAGGGAGGUUGACGAACUGCGGCUCAGAAACCACGCGAUGGAGGUCAAAUUCCGCGCGGAGAUAAAGAAAGCUCUUCGCGAGGAGCGGAGGGAAACCCGGGCUCAACUUCGGGAGGCGGCUGAGGGCGUGCACGUUUUCCUCAGCGAUCACAACCGCUUAGUCCUUGCCACUAUUCGUGCUGCCGAAAUUACGGCCAAUCGGAUGCUCGUGGAGGAGAUAGAGGCGGGGGAGAUUGCCGACCUGCAAGCCGAGCUCGAAACUCCUAGGAAGGACGAGAUCGAAGCCAUCUAG